AUGCAAAAUGACUUAAUCCCACCAGAAUUCAUUAGUUUAAAUCAUGCUAUUGAGCUCUUAUGGUCACUAACAGAGUCAAAUAGCAGUCAAAUAUUAGAAGAAACGAUCAAAUUCAUCGAACAAAAAGUCAUUACCAUAGUUAGAGUAUUUGAUUUGAUAAGUUGCAUGCAUACAAAGCCAAAUGAAGUCUUAUUUCCAUUCUGUAAGCAACUGGCCAAUCAUUUUUCAAUUUCAUACGCAAAUAUCCCAGUAAGAUCUAGCUAUUUACACGCAUAUUUAUUUUACGAAGGAAUCAUUUAUUCAAAUUCUGAAACAAAUAUUCAUCCAAAAAUGGCAAUAUCAGUUUAUCCAGAAAAUAGUAUCCAAUAUGCAAUUAAAAUGGAUAAUCUUUCAAUGCUACAAGACAUAUGCGAUACCAAUAAGAAUUUCGCACCCGAUCAGGUGAUUAUUUUAUCAAAUGUUCCAAAUUUAUGCAAUCGAGUUACAGUACUUGCUGCUGCGGCAUUUUAUGGAGCAAUUCAAUGCUUUAAGUUCAUGGUUGCUAAAUACCCUUUAAAAAACUCCAUAUAUGAUAAAACAAUGUUCUUAUGCGCAAUAAUUGGAAAUGAUUUCGAAAUCAUAAAUAUUUGCGACCAAAAGCAAAUUGAGAUUGAUAACAUAUUCCUAAGCUAUGCAAUAUACUAUCAUAACAAUCAAAUUGCUUCAUGGUUGAUGGAAAAAUAUAAUUUUACAAUCAAUCUUAUGACAAGCCUAACUACAUUGAAUUUACCAUUUUUCUUUUAUCACCUAUCUCAGUUGAAUAAUAUAAAUGAAAGAACCUCACAAAAUAAAGCAGCUCUCCAAUGUGCUAUCAUUACUGAUAGUAUGGAAGUACUAGACUACCUCUGUAACAACGGUGCUGAUUUAAAUAUGCCUGAUGAGCAUAACAAUCCACCAUUAUUGAUUUCAUUAAUUGCAGAAAAAUACCACAUAUCAAGAUUUCUUAUAGAAAAGGGAGCAAAUAUCGAAUGCGCUUCGAAAUGGAUGGAUUACUUUGCUAAUCGACCGAAAGGUCCGAAACUUAGUCAAAUGUAUAAUUAUAUCUUAGAAAGAAUGCCAAAUAGGACUGAAGAUCCAGCAAAAACAUCAUGA